AUGGGUGGUGAUUUGAACUUGAAGAAGUCAUGGCAUCCGUCCCUGCUCCGCAACCAAGAGCGCGUUUGGGCCGAAGAAAAGCGUGCCCUGGAAGAGCGCAAGCGCAUCGAUCAGCUCCGUCGGGAACGAGAUGAAGAGCGCCAAAUCCAGGAACUCCAGCGUCUACAUGAAGAUUCCGGGAAGGCGCGCCAGCAGAAUCGGGUCGACUGGAUGUACCAGGCGCCGUCGAGUGCAACGGGCCAUUACUCCGAGGAAAUGGAAGGGUAUCUGCUGGGAAAGCGCCGCAUCGAUGAUAUUUUACUGAAGAAUGACGAGAGCAAGAAGUUGGAAAAGGGUGCGGAGCUCGGAACCGGCCAUGUGCCCCCUGCUCCUACAGUGAACAAUGCUCGUGAUACAAUGACGAAGGUUCUAGCAGAUCCGCUACUGGAGAUCAGGAAGAGAGAGCAGGCGGCUUAUGAGAAUAUGGUCAAGGAAUCAGCGAGACGCGGAGCGAUCGACUCGCGAGGGGGCGAUCGGGACCGCAGCCAUAAGCGCAGGAGAUAUAACAACGAAGACUCCCGUCGGCACCAUCGACAUAGGUCACACCGUGAUAGGUCCAGAUCUUCAGAAUGGUCACACCGGAGACACAGGGAUGAUCGCGACGAUCGAGAUCGCAGGCACCGGGAUCGCAAAAGUGAGAGGGAUCGUAAAGAGGACAGGGAUGAGAGAGAUCAUCACUUCGGCAAGCAUCACGAGGAGAGGUACGACCGGCGAUCGCCUCGUGGUUCCUUCCGCGAUCAAUCCCCCUCCCCCCAACCCGACUAUUGUCAUUCCGAUCGCCGUCGGGUGGAGGGCAGGGAUGCUGGAUCUCCCAAAAAUUAUCAGAACGAAGACCAAAGGGACAAACCACAUCGCUACGAUGAUAGGAAGAAUCAUAGAAGGCCCAGACACUCGUAUCCCCGAAACCGAGUUCCCAACCGCUCUGGGCCCGGAGAUUCAGACACGAAAGCAAAGGACUUAGAAGAAGAUCGUAUGCGAAGACUCGCUGAGAUGCAGGACAAUGCAAGCGAAAUGGAACAGAAUCGUCGCCAACGCAUUGCCGAAGUCACGGUCGAGGAAGAGAGAAAGCGCGAGAAAGAUGAGAAGCAGCGCUCGGAACGAGGUCGUUUCGUGUCAGCGAUGCAUCGGCAACUCCAGGAAGAUACCUUGGACGAGCGAAUUCGGCGCAGUCGCGGUGGGUUGUCUCGGGAAGAGGAUUGA